AUGGCGGACUACCACGACCCUGGGGGCCUCAUUCUGGAUGGGCCUUUUGACCCCGACGCCCAAGCCACUGUCACUGACUACAUUGACUACACCGAAUACCUGCCCGCCGACCUCCUCCGUUCCCUCACUCUCAUCCGCGGCCUCGAUGAGCGCUACCUGGACGCAACUCAGGGCGUCCACGAGUUAACCAGAACAUAUGGCCGCCUUCCUGACCUUCCUUCCGAUCGGCGUCCCGAUGCGCGCGCGCUGCGCAAGGACAUCUCCGCCCAGCUCGAUCGCGCCAUCAACGCGCGCGAGUCCGCCUACGCUGAAGCUUGCCGCCUAUACGAGGUCAUUGACCGUCACUACAGUCGCCUCGAUUGCAUCAAACGCAAGCUAGAGGCUCUUCCCAAACCCGCAUCGCGCGAACCCACACCACCUCCCGCUCCUCCUGUACAGACACUCACAACCACCAAGCGCGGCCGAUCGGUCAAGAAGGUUGACGAGAAUGCGGUGGCUCCUGCGCCGCCGCCUACGCGCAUUACCUUGCGCCUUGACAGCCGAGAAGGUAGUCGCGCAGGUGCGCAGCCCAAGUCGCGCACCCGUCGAUCGCUCAUCGCCGCCGAACAUUUGACCGACUUUAACCCCGAUUCCCCCAUCGCCAGUACAGAACAUUCUGACGACGAGGCAAACGCUCCGGCAGCGUCCUCUGAUUCUCAGCUGAAGUCGAAACCCGCCGCUGCUCCCCCUCCCGUUGCUUCUGUGGACUCCUCUACUCCCACAACCGCCACUUCACCUGUCAAAGAGAAGAAAGCCGCUCGACGUUCACGUGGGUCUGUGCUGGUUCCUGGGGUUCCAGGUACCAGUGCACCUUCCAUAUCGAUCAGCGGUGCGCUGGCUAUGCUCAAACCACCGCCUGAAGAUGCCAAACCUGGCAGUGAGGACAUGCCGUGGUUGCGGCUGACUGAGUGGGAGAUGACCAAGCUUCGCAAGAAGAUGAAAAAGAACGCGGUGUGGCAGCCGAGUGAAGUCAUGAUUCAUCGCGAGUUGGCGCUCCGUGGUCGCGGUUGGGAGGCUUACCGAAAGGCCAAGGCACAAGCUGAUGCGUCCGGGACUGAAUUCCUCGACUGCGACGACAUCAUGAACACGUACAUUCCUGGCAAGCUAAGCAAGCUCGGUGAAGCACCUCUUGACAUUGAGGCACCGUUCGAGACCAAGCUAAGCAACAGAGGCAUGAAGUUGAACGAGGCCAAGAAGCUUAAGCGGGAGAACCAGGCGCGUGAGCAGGCGGCGGCAGCCGCUGCUGCAGCCGCUGCGGCCGCCGGCGCAGGUGAUAACACAACAGCAAAAAGCCCUGACCAGCCUACUUUAACACCCAAAGAACCUUCCGCUACAGAAGCGUCACCAGUUACAAGCAAACCGGGUCGUUCUACCGCAAAGAAACGCAAGGCGGACGAAAUAACUCCGCCAGAGGCGACUCCUGUACCUCCUGCAGCUCCUGAUACUGUUACUCCUGCUCCCAUUACUGUGACUUCUCCAACUCCCGUGGCGUUCUCACCCACAGUUGCUCCCACCGCUUCCCCUGUGGCAGCGGCCGCUACGGCAGAUUCAACAAACCCAGUAGCUCCGGAGUCUACAGACGCUCCAGAGGAUACAGAAGCUCCAGAAGUUGCAGACGCUUCGGUGAUUCCAGAGGCUGCAAAGGCUCCAGAGACUUCCGAGGCUCCAGCUGCGCCCGCUGAAUCCAUCACUCCUACCGAGGUAGAGACACGAACCUCGUUGCACAGUGCCAGCAAACGCCGUCGGAUUAGCAAGGAAUCCUCUACCCUUAUCGAGAGCAACGCAACCAUGCCAGACCUGGCGCCAUCGACCGGUCCAGAUGCUGCUGCGGCUGAAUCAGCCGAUACGCAGAAGCAGCCAGUCUUGUCAUCCCCAGUCAGCAAUAAACGGUCUCUCCCCCCUCCAGCCUCAACUACUACCGGCAAAGCAUCAGCCGCUGGCACGCCCACACCACCGGUCACUCGACCUUCUUCCCGCCGGGGUGCAGCCCUGUCAGCGGAACCGACCAGCAACGCGAACACCCUGCCAACAACCGGCCGCGAGCUCCGCCGGAAGAGCGCCACGCCUGCGCGACGCACGCCUGUACCGGAGACGGCCCGUGCCACGAGUGUCAGCGCACCGCAUCGCAAACGGAAGCGCCCUGCGCCCGGUCCCGUAUCUUCAGGUCAAGAUGGCGGGGCCGCAGUCAGCUACGGCCGACGCAAGGCCAAGCCGGGCAAAAAACGCGUCAAUUUGCUCGAGGGGGAUUUACUGAACCGCGACGACAUUCGCAUUGACGAGGACGGUGUCCUAGAGGAGAUCGACCCUAACGAGCCGCGAUACUGUAUCUGCGGAGAUGUGAGUUUCGGGACCAUGAUUUGCUGUGAGAACCCGGAUUGUGAUCGCGAAUGGUUCCACCUGGACUGCGUGGGUCUGUCGGAAGUGCCCAGUCGAACCGCGAAAUGGUAUUGCCCAGAUUGUCGAGUGAAGUUCAACAAGGGAGUGGAUGGGAUCGUGAAGAACAACCCUCGGCGGUGA